AUGGCAUGGAUAGGAGCUGUGUCGGAUGCUGUGGAUAUUGGCCAAGCUGUCGCAGAUGCCACUCAUCGCAGCUGCACCAUAAAAAUUGAAAACCACAGUAAUGUCUACUCAUUUGCCCAUCCCAAAGUCUGGAUGCACAGUGGAUACAAUAACCAGCUUCCCUCACCCACUGUGGACAUCAACACAACGGAGGAGUGUGCCUUCUCCAAGGCAGCAGGCGCUGCCAGAGGGGCCGUGGGUGUGUUGACUUAUGAGCUGUUGAAGAGUAAAAGUAGCUCUAAUAAGCUGUUGGCAAUCAUGUUCUCUGUGCCUUAUGACUACAACCUCUACGAGAACUGGCUGGCAGUGGGCAUUUUUGACAAAACUCAAAAAUGUGAUGACACGCUCUACAAUCUCAUGUACUAUAAUUCUGACUCUAAGUUCCGGCGUGCCAAGGCCACAGACACUAGUAUAGUGUACAUAUGGGAAUCAAUGGAGAUCAGGGCUGCCAUGAGCAAUGCAGGCACAGCUGUUGUUGAGGUGGAGAUUCAUGACAAGAAAUAA